UAUCCCCUCGCCGCCGCCGCCGCCGCCGGCGGCGUCCGCCGCGCCACCACGGCGCCAUGCUCCGGCAACGUGGCCGCGUCCUCACCCAGCUCCUCUCGUCUUCCUCCGCCUCUCCCGUGUCCCAUCUCCGCCGCCUCCUCUCCGCCGCAGCGCCCGCCAUCUCCCCAAGCAUCGGGUUCGCCGUGGAGGACUACCUCGUCCGUACCUGCGGCCUCACCCGACCACAGGCCGCCAAGGCCUCCCCCAAGCUCUCCCACCUCAAGUCUCCCGCCAAGCCCGACGCCGUGCUCGCCUUCCUCGCCGGCCUCGGCCUCUCCGCCGCCGACGUCGCCGCCGUCGUCGCCAAGGACCCGCUGCUACUCUGCGCCAAAGUGGAGAAGACCCUGGCCCCCGUCGUCGACGGGCUCACCGGCCUCGGCCUCUCGCGUCCUCAGAUCGCGCACCUCGUCUCGGUCGCCGGCGAGAAGUUCCGCUGCAGAGCCAUCAUCGACAGGCUGCACUACUACCUGGCCCUCUUCGGCUCCUCCGGGAAGCUCCUCCGGGUUCUCGACCGCAGCCCCUACAUCCUCUCCUCCAACCUCGAGAGGGUGGUCAAGCCCAACGCCGUGUUCCUGAGGGAGUGCAGGAUAGGUGCUUGUGAUAUUGCCAAGCUGUGUGUCGCUCAGCCGAGGAUGCUCACCUCCAAUGUGGAGCGCGUCCGGGCGAUGGCGGCAAGCGCCGAAGGCCUAGGUGUGCCCCGUGGCUCCAGGAUGUUCUGGCGCAUGCUGAAUGCCCUUGCGUUUCUCCGCGAGAAGGAUAUCGCCGCCAAAGUGGAGUACUUGAAGGACACUUUCAGAUGGUCCGAUGCUGAGGUGGGCAUUGCUCUUUGUAAGGCCCCGAUGGUGCUGGCGUUGUCCAAGGACCUGCUGCAGAGGAAGUCGGAGUUCCUGAUCUCUGAGGUGGGGUUGGAACCGGCAUACAUUGCUCAUCGGCCGACAUUGCCCACUUACAGCCUGGAGGGCCGACUAAGGCCCCGGUACUACACUUUGAAGUUUCUUAAGGAAAAUGGAUUGCUAGAUCAUGACCGAGACUACUAUUGUGCAGUCAUGCUGCGAGAGGAGGUAUUCAUGGAGAAGUUCAUAUGCCCCUACAAGGAAGCUGCACCACAACUCGCUGAAGACUAUGCAGCAGCUUGCAAAGGGGAAGUGCCGGCUAGAUUCAGAUUUACAUGAACCAAGGCCUGUACGAAAAUUUCAUAACCGGGUAUGACACAACAGAAGUUUCACUCUCCGCAUCAAGCCGCUCAUUCCUGAUUCAAUGUUGUUGGCCUAAACUUAAUGGUGGUUGGCUGCUAUCUACAAUCUAUAGCAUGUAUGUUACGUUCUCAUUUGGUGGUGCUAAUCCAGGAUGAAACUGAUAUUUUGAUUUGUGAGCCUUGGUAUGCUCGUUAUGUCAUUCAGUAGGAAGAAAGCAUUGCGCUGCUAUUAACUUGCCCCUCCUCAUGUUAUUGACACAUAUAUUGGAACUAAGAGAGUGUGAGAUCACGGCAUCCUACCAAUGCUUUGAAGUGAGUAGUAUUUCUGUGCA